AGACAAACUUUAAAUCAGAUAAAAUAUAUAUGCUUAUAAAUAAAUUAGUAAAUACCACACUCACCAUCCACAACUUAUAUGAACAGCGUACCUGGCGUGCAAUUUAUCAGCUGAUUUUAUGGGACGACGAUAAAAAUAAAAUAUAAUAAUUCAACACUGUGCAAAGAAAUAUAAAUAAUUACAAGUGCAUAUGUAAACACAUAAAACAUAAAGUGCAUAAAGUAAACAAAAAGUAAAAUUUAAUUAUAUUAAAUAUUAUUAUAUACCGACUUUAUGUCAUGGACCCCACAUAAACACAGCUGUUUCCCUAUAGUAUUGUUUUCUUAGCUGCUGCCGGCAUUACGGCACAAUAUUAUUCAAUAAUGCUCAAAACGUGCGCGAAACAUUUAACAAACAAUUAUGGCACAAUGCGCUGCCUUUCGAUGCAGCCAUCGCAUAUGAAUAUUUUCGACAGAAAUGCGAAACGACUACAAAAAGAAAGAGCGGCACUUAAAUGUGGCGCUAUAUGAUUAUCUUAAGGAGGAGGUGGGCUUCCGUUUAUCGGAUCGUGUGUUUGACAUAAAGCGCGAAUUCAAAACCGCUGCCGAUAUAGGCUGCAACCGUGGUUAUAUAUCAAAGCACAUCCUCGCCGAGUGUGUGGAGCACCUGACCUUGACCGACACAAGUGCCUCAAUGCUGGAACAGGCGCAGGGCACACCAGGGCUUCGAAUGAGCAAAUUAGUGCAAGACGAGGAGCAACUGGAUUUUGAAGAGAACUCCAUGGACUUGAUAAUAUCUAGCUUGAGUCUGCACUGGGUCAACGAUUUGCCUGGCUGCUUUGCGCGUAUUAAACGUAGCUUAAAGCCGGAUGGCGUGUUUAUUGCUUCGCUAUUUGGUGGUGACACGUUGUACGAGUUGCGUUCCUCGUUGCAGUUGGCGGAGCUGGAGAGAAAGGGCGGAAUCGCCCCUCACGUUUCGCCCUUUACUCAAAUACGUGAUAUAGGCUCGUUGCUCAAUCGAGCCGGCUUUACGAUGUUAACCAUAGAUACGGACGAGAUAGUCAUCGGCUAUCCCAGCAUGUUUGAGCUAAUGUGGGAUCUGAAGGGCAUGGCCGAGAACAAUGCCGCCUUCAAUAGACCCGCCCAUCUAAGUCGCGAAACUUUAAUGGCAGCGAGUGCCAUUUACAAGGAGCUCUACAGCAAACCGAACGAGGAAGGCGUCCCAGCGACAUUUCAAAUUAUCUACCUGGUGGGCUGGAAGCCGGGGCCCAAUCAGCCGCAGCCACUGCCCCGAGGCACUGCUGACGUAUCCCUUAAGGAUCUGGGCAACAUAUUCGAAAAGGGCGGCAAAAUUAAAAUCGAUGCCGAAUCUUAAGCCUAUGAAUAUUUGCCAAAAUUUGCUAAAUAAAUCGUAUUUAUGUUUGAAACGCACUUCAAAAAUUUAAUUUACAAUGAACUUGUAACUUAAAUAAAGUUAAAAUAAACUUAUUCUGAGAAAUGUAAACUGCUAAUAAGACGAACAUAAAGUUCAGUGCGCACUGAACUUAAUUUACGCAUGUACUUAGUUGUUUUUCCACUUUUUUUCAAAUAUAUAAAUUACUUAAAUUUAA